UAAAUAAGACACCUUCUCAUGGUUUUCUUUCUGCUCAAACUUCCUUAACAAUUACUUGUUUUUCAGACACCAUGAGUAAGACCAGCAAGUUGAAAGUCAAGGGUCUGUUUAAGUUAAAAACACCUCAUAAAGAGAACAAGGAGCUGAAACGGUCGGGGUCCCUCAAAGAUGGAGUUGCAACUAGCCCCAGAGACAAGUCGGGGACGUUACCGUUGAAGCCCGGUCCGUUCAGCCCGGAAGACAUUGCCACAUUUCCCAAUGAGGCUUUACCCAUUUCCCCGAAAGAAACGAAGGGAACGCGGCUGUUCAAGCUGAAACAGAAAAAAUCCAAGCGCAAAGCAGAAGGAGGAGAGGUGUUCUUCCCUAACACUGAUGAACUGGACAGCUUCAACAGCCAGCAGAGCUACGACCAGAUGAGUGUUUCCACAGAGUGCAGUUUCCGGACUGAAUCGGACUGGGACACUCACUUUGAGUCCACCUCCAUGAUCAGCUUCAACAUGACUCAGCCAAACAGCCCUACUUCACCCUCCAAAUUCUUCAAGAAUUCGGAGGAGAAGAGGGGAGUGUUUGAUCGUCUCAGCAGCUUCUUCAACUCCAGGAGAAAGAAGAGCAGUAGUAGGCAUCAUUCAGAGAGCUCCACCGAUGCAAGUUCCCCAAUAUCCCCUUCUCCACGUUCACCCAAGUCUCAACAGGAGGAGGGACAAAAGACUUCAACUCCUUCUCAAAAAGAAAGUGAGCUAACAUGGACACAUUACGGUGAGACCGGAACAGGAGCAGAGCGUGGUUACACCCUCAGCCAAAGCUCAAGUCCCAGUGCCUCAAGCAUGGUUUCUCUGUUGACAGAUGAAGCAGAGCUCCCAUUCGCAGACAGUAACAGCAGUGGUCGAAGCAGUGUGAGGGAGGUGAAUGCGUGCAGGGUCAGCACAGCCAGCGGUGAAAGGAAUUCUGGGAAUGUGACCCCCACCACUCUGGACCUUGCUACUACCACUCAUCCAAGUGCUGAAUCAAGCUCAGAAAUAGGAUUUGUAGAGUCAGUGGUGGAGGAAAAAAGCAAGAGACUGCAGGUUAAUUUACAAGAAAGGAUCCUGAAAAAUACAGAGGGUUCCAGUGAGGACAGUACAGUUAGCCCGACCACACUGAUGUCAUUUAAUAACCCCCUUUCCAAGACAGCUGAGGUUCCAAAAUCACCUAACUUAAGUUCUAUAAGCUUAGCAUCAAAGAAAACCAACCAAAAAGUUAGAGAGAUGGGGCACUGUACUGCCCUAACAGGAAUAACAUUAGGCCCUCAGUCGUCCACCUCACACGUCAUCACAACUCAACAGGAAGAUGAAAACUCUCUAGACACAGAGACUGAAAACUCAGGAGCCAGGAGGAGGGCUCAGAUAUUCUGUGGGGAAACUACAGCCACGGCAUGGAGCCCUUCACCUGAGAAAGAGGAAAUACCCAGAGGUGAUUCUCCUCUCCAACUCCACAAAGCCAUAUGGGUGGAAACACACCUGGGAGAGGAGGAGGAAGGGGAGAGGGAGGGGGAUAAAGAGCAGGACAUAAUGGAAGAAGGGGAGGAGGGCUUUAGAGCAGAUUCACCUCCAGUGUUGGCUAUACCUGUUACAGUAAUUCCUGAGGAUGAGCCCAUCACUCAGGGAACUGCAGAUAGCCCCUCUACCCCCUCAGAGACUUUGCCGCCCAGUGGCAGCUUGCCAGAAUCAGCCAUCUCCUUGGCACUGACUACAGGGGAGUUCCAAACAACCGCACCACAGUCAGAGGAGCCUGACACUGGCAGGGAAUCAAAGCAUAGUUACCUUCAGGAGAAACACAGAUCGAGAAAAAUUCGUGUUACGCGCAAGACUGUGAAUCUGCCGUCAAAGCACAAAGUUUUUGCCCAGAAGGUGUAUGUUAGCCCGGAGUCAAGUUUGGACGGGAAUGAACCGACAGGAGAGGAAUACAGAGACUCAACUUCAAAGACUCCAGAUACAACAGAAGUGAAACAAAUACCAAGACUCCAAAACGACAACAAUGCAGAUCUCAAAGAAGUCAACCUUGAGCCAUUCAAAACAACAGAUGAGACUACACUCUCUAACACAGAUACUCCUGAACUUCUAGUUAAAGAAAAAAGUGACACUGAGGCCUCUGACUUUGAUAAUAACUCUGCUCCCUCGGACAUGCACAAAGCAAAGUCACGAGCAUUGGGGUCUGUGGUAAGAGCCCAAGAGACCAACCAGCCUAUACCCUCUAAACGAGGGCUUAAAGCAGCAACAGAAAGUCAUCAUAGCACAGCAAGUGGAGCACAGACCCCAUCCUCUACAGCUGGAAGUAAGGCCAAAAAUGUCACAACAAAGGCAAAGGGCUCCACAGAGGGCACAAAUGUGGGAACUUCUAGUGAUAUCCCACUACAGAGGGAACAUAGCAAUGAGAAAACUGUUUCUAUAUUACCAACAAUAAAAGACCAAAGCACUAACAGUUCCUCAAGUGUAAUGAGUUCAAAGUCUAAAAUCCCCAAAAGGUCAACAUCAGAUAAUGAUGUGAAAUCACCAUUGACAACAGAUAAAAUAUCAGUGACUGAUGCCUCAGCAGUCACUUCCAAAUUGCAAAAGCAACUUAGAAUCCAUGAAUCUUUGAAAUCUCAGGUCACUACAUUUAAAGCUGGCAGGAAACCAAGUUUUGAAGAAGCUAGGGGAGGGAAAUCUGUGUCAGGAGACAUUUCUCCCGCAAAAAACACAUACAAAACAGAAAUAAAGCUUACUAAAGAAAAGUCAGAUGAGGACAUUGGCUAUAUAAACCUGGUAAAUGGUGUGGAGAAAGAUUGUAGGGAGAGUAGUGUUAAAACAGGACACCCACUUGACAGGGAAUGCCUUGAUAUUAAAAAACAGCCACAGAACCAUCUGGAGAGUAAUGCAUCCUUGGCAUCAAAGACUCGGUUGCCCAUUUCAUCUCCAACAAAAAAGAAGAAUGAUGAUAUAACAAAAACCAGUGGCAACAGCUAUAAAAAAAUUUCAUCUCGUCAUACAGACUCAGACAGAACCAAGAGUCCAGACCAGCAAGAAGUACCUCCUGGAAAGAGACUUGGUAGUGACAUACCUUUCCCGCUACCUGAAAGUCCCAAGAAAGGAGGCAUGCUGUUCACAAAACCCUCCAAACACCUCUCUAAAAGAAGCAUUAGCCAUGAAGAGAAUGACAAUUACACCUCAUGUGUCUCUCCAUCUCCCAACAAGCAAGAGAAAAUAGUCUCAUCAAGGCUCUCUAAACAGAGUGAAAACAUCAAACAACACCAAAAGAGUCCAGUAAAGGAUUCAGCUGAUCCUUCAUCAUCUGUGAGCAAGCUUCCGACACGGGGACAGAGAAGCUCCAACAAAGUAAAACUCAGGAAACCUCAACAUUCCCUAACUGAGAAUUCCGCAAGCAAAUCUACGUCUAAACAGGACUCCAAACAGAAGACUGAUACAGAGAUAGCUGUCAAAGCAUCUGGCAGUAUUGUAGCGGAUCAAGUGAAAGACAGAUCCAGCGAUGACAGAUUUGAAUUCAAGUUUGUGUCUACAGAGAAAGAAAAUCACAUUAUAAAACUCACAGACAAACAGUCCAGUACCUGUGAAAUCAAACUGGAAGGAGACGAGACAAAAAAAUUAGAAAGCAUAACCAGUCCUUCAACUCAAGACAUUUCUAAAAUCCGGCCAAUAAAAAACAAUGACGCGAUUAUCACAGCAAACGCUCAGUUAGAAGUAGCAGACCCAGUAUCUAAGUUAUUGCCUCAUAGUGAGGUUAUUAAAGCAGUUCCAGCUCAUUUACCAGUUGCUGAUGUAAAUAAUGCUGAGACAGAUAGCCAGGGAAGACAACAUGAAGCUACACAACAAGCAAAAAUGGAGUCUUCACCUGAAAAUGUAUCUCACAUACAAAGUAACAUCACACAGAAACAGCAAACACUGCUAUUACUAGAAACUUCUCCAGAAGAAGUGGACAUUUUAGAGACAACCCAGAUAAUAAGUAACAUAAAACCAGAUUUAAUCCAGGAGACAGAGCCAAAUUCUGAAGUGUUGGCUCAGGACACAAUACUAGCUCAUAAGGAUGUAACUGAUAUGUCGGCCAAACCUGUUGUGGGUGACAGCAUAUACUAUGACAUAAUGACCCAUUCUGAUGAGGAAGGUGUUAUGCCCGUUAAUGUUUCCCUUAAAGCAACAACUGAGGUCACUGCUAAAGAAGAUGAUACCAGAAAUAGUCUUCCUGAAAAUUUGGCCUUGAAAGACCAAGAUGCUGAGCCAAAAACCACAAAUGUAAUUCUUGAAAAUGAUAAAUUGCCCUCCCCAUUAGGCAUAGAUUCAGGGAAAAUUUUUGAGGUGAAGGAGAUUAAAGAGGAGGUUGGCAGGAAACCACCAGAGGCUUUGGACAGUCACACAAAGACUGUGACUGUUUCUGAAUUGCCCAAGAAUGUUGAAAAUAAACUGGACAAAGAGCCUCUUUUAUGGGUAUCAGAAUUUGAAAGACCAGAGAGAGACCCAAAACCAAAUGAAAAGCUGAAUGACACAGCACUGGAAAGCACUGAUUCACAGAGCAGUUGCAAAGAAGAGCUCAAGGGCAUAACCACUGAAGCUGAAGCAGGGAAAGACAUUACAAAACCAGAGAAGCCAUAUGAUCUAUCAUCAGAGGAGAAAUGUUUACAACCUGACUCAGAGGAGGGACCACAGAUGGUAGUUGCAGAUGCCCUGGAAGAGAAGAGGACAGAGGCAGAGCAAGCCAGAAGUGUGCUCCUUGAAACUACGGCCAGUGUGGUCAGUUCAAAACAUGAAUGUGAGAUCCUUUUGAAAGAAAAUGCAAAGAGUGGCAGUAACGAAACAAAUCAAGCAGAGCAGCAGAUGAUGGCAUCAACAGUGAAAAAUGAACAGGAGCCCAAACUACUUCUAACCAAAGAUGAGGUCAAGAACAACAACGCAAAUGAGGACGACAAGCAUGCUAAUGAUGUCAAGGAAAGCCAAACUCCAGAAAUAAAAGCCAUACGCACUAAAAUGCAGGGUUUUGGAGGUAAUAAAAAAGAGAUGAGUUUACCAAAUGAGAUUUCAAAUGAGACUGCUGAAUCUGAAGUUAGCAACCAAGAGGACAAGAAGGCCUUAAUUGCUUUAGACCAAGAUGAAGAUAUUAAAAAAACUGAGGAAAGUGGUAAUCGAUGGGCAGAAUCCAAAUGUCCAAAUACUAACCUAGAACAGAAACCUGAGGCAGAAAAAGCUUCAGAGAAGACUGCAGAAAGUCAUAUUUUACAAAUGGAUUCAACUCAAGAACAAUUAACAGAAACCACUGAAGCUCAGAGUGCAAAAGGCACUGAAGAAAAGACUGAGGCAAAGAAUUCAUCAGUAAAGAGUUUGGUGAGUGAGACGGCAAUUGUGAAUGCUGACAGUGAAGUUAGAAUCCCACAAGACCAUGGGUCCACAAUUGCUGGAGAUGGUGAGAACAUAACAAAACCAGAUAAAAAAAAAUCACCAGAAUCCAAAUGUCCAAACUGUACGUUAGAUCAAGAAACAGAUACAAUUCAAGAACUAAAGAAAAACAAGUUGACAAAAUCCAAAUGUCCAAAACAGGAACCGGAUAUAGUAAGAACAGGGAAGACAUCAGAAAGACAAAUUCAAGAACUAAGGGUUGAAAGCACCAAAACUCAGAAAGCUGUGGGAGAAAAAGAGAAGACUGACACAAAGCAUUCAACAAUAAAGAGUUUGGUGAAUGAGAUUGUAAUUGUGAACAUUAACUCUGAAGUUAGUACCCAAAAAGACCAGAAGUCCUCAGUUGUGAGAGAUGAACAUGUGGAGAUUAAGAAACCACAAAAAAACACUGAUCAAUCCACACAUUCCAAAGCUCCAAAUGGUAACCAAGAAACGGAACCAAAGACUAUAACAAAAGAAUCCAUAGAGACAACAGAAGAUGGCAAAUUACCUGAAAAAUCAAGUGUUUCCACAACUGAUAAAGUACGUAGUAAGAGUGAUAAGAUACAGAAACAGAAAAUCUUCAUUAAAGAAUGUGGUCAAGGUGAGAAUGAAGUGAAGAAGCAAGGGUAUCAGCUGAGAAAUGCAUCAAAGAUAGAUGUCAAACAGGAGUCGAAACGCAUUUUUGUAAAAGAUGCAUGUAGCAAAAAAGUUGGUGGAGAACAGAAGGAAUCCAGUGUUAUUUUAGAUGAAAUAUCCAUUAGUACUGACGCUCAGAAGAAUGAUGAAGACAUUAAAGAAAAAAUAAAAACAGAUUGUUGUUUAAAACAGGAAUUGCACACUUUAAGAAAGGAGAACAUCCUAAACUGUAGUGAUUCACAAAAACCCACAAAGCCAGCACUCAAUGACAGUUCGUUUCCUGCUACAGUGAAACCAUCCACUCCAUCUCAAAGUCUUCAACUAAAGAGGGAAUCUCCAUCUUGCUGGUUGGAUGUGGAACAUCAUCAAAAACAGAAGAAGGAAGACAAAAAAAGACUAAAUGCGUCAGCCAGUGCAGAUGAAUCUCUUGAGCCUGAUGACUUUGAUGAUUUUAUCAGGAGCAUUAAGGAGGAUGGAAUUCCUUUCUCACUACCUCCAAAGAGGCACAUUCGUAAAAAGUCCCAAUCUCCACCUUUUGUCAUGCCAGCCAUCAAGGAGAACCAUUUUGAGAGAACAUUUGAUCCUGAGGAAUUCCAGUUUGGUUUAAGGAAAAAUAGCAAAGGUUUUAGGGAUCCUUCACCAGCUAUGGUGAUAAAACAAAAAGCAGCCAAUAGGGAAGGAUGGAACCUGGAAAAACAUGCACAAGACAAUGCCCUACCCACACCUAGAGACAAAAAUAAAUCACUUGAUGAGGUGGAAGGAAAAGGUGGAGUCAAAGAGGGGACCAUAGCUGAAGCAAGAAAAGAAGAAAGCAGUGGAGAGGAGCCUGGGAAGUUUACAUCAAGACUUGAAAGGAUCUCUAUCCUCCCCAUCCUACUGAGUUCCUCCAGGAAGACCAAAGAGGAAACUACCUCUACCUCAAAUAGCUUAUUUUCAUCUAAUCAACAACAAGACCAGCCCUCUCUUGGAAACCAAGGUGGUGUUGAUUCACCUCUGUCUGGCGUUGGAGUAGAUAAGCAGGGCGUGAAAAGUAUGGAUGAAUGCCCACCUGUGGGUGGUGGUAUAGGUACAGUUAGUGAGUCGGCACUUAGCCCCUCCUCUCCUCCUCCUCUACCCACGUUCUCAGAGAUAAAGCUGCCCGAUCAUUCAGAGAAAUACCUCAAGAAGAAAAAAAGAGAAUCUGAGGCCUCCCACAGCUCUAAACACACGAAUAAAACUAAACUGAAUCCUGAGGGGAGUACUGUUAUGGAUCAGGCCUUAAUAGCAGGAAUACCUAUUGAGGAUGUGGGCCUGAAGGGUCCUGCGGCACUACCUCCAUCCACCAACGACACCCAGCGGAAUUCUCAUACUGGACUUUCUACUAUUAAGACAAAUAUACCUGCAGUAAGAGGGUUCCACAAAAGGCCUGGAAAGAUUGUCAUACAUGAACAUGCUCAGUUUGGGGGCGAAGCAUUGGAGUUCUACUGUGAUGUAGAAGAUGCCACCACGAUGAAGCUGUCACCUGUUAUCUCAGUCAGAGUCAUCAGAGGAUGCUGGCUUUUCUAUGAAAAACCUGGCUUCCAGGGGCGUAUAGUAGCCCUUGAAGAAGGUCCUGCGGAGCACAUAGUGAAUAUAUGGGCAGAUGAGGGAACUGCAAAAACGCUGGACCAGAGUGGUCAGCCUGUUCCAACAGCACCUAUGGUCAUAGGUUCUCUCCGAUUGGCAGUUAGAGAUUAUAGCAUACCCCGGAUUGACCUGUUUACAGAAGUGAAUGGGUUGGGGAGGAUGUCAUCUUACUGUGACGACGCUGUAGAGAUUGGCUCCUACGGGAUCCUGCAGACCACUGGCUCCAUUAAGGUCCAUUCUGGAGUCUGGCUGGUGUAUACUGAUCCAAGCUUUGAAGGUUUUGUAGGAGUGCUGGAGGUGGGCGAGUAUUGCUGCCCAGAGAACUGGGGUUUCUCUGAGCCCUUCAUUGGGUCUCUCAGACCCCUCCGAAUGGGAGCAAUAAGGGUGGAGCAUCCUCAUGAAGUCAAGGCCUUAGUGUUUGAGAAGCCCAACUUUGAUGGAGAGUGCAUAGAGGUGGACAGUGAUGUGUACAAUUUGCAAGAACAGGAAGAAGAGGAAACAGACAAACCUGACGAGAAUAAGAAGACAAUGCCAACAGUGGGGUCUAUAAAGAUACUUGGUGGUCUCUGGUUGGGCUAUCAAGAGGCAGACUUUGAGGGCCAACAGUACAUCCUGGAAGAGGGGGAGUAUCCUUACUGCAGUGACUGGGGAGGAUGUGAAAAUGGGCUCCUGUCACUUCGGCCUAUAUGCACAGAUUUCCUAUCUCCACAUGUUAAACUGUUCAGCGAACGGAACUUUGAUGAGCUGGGGCUCAACAUGGACUUGCUGGGUCCCGUCCUCAACAUGGAGGACGUUGGCCAUGGUAUCAAAACCCAGUCUGUCAGCGUUUUAGGUGGAGUGUGGGUGGCAUUUGAAAAGCCUGGAUUCAAUGGAGAGCUCUAUGUCCUGGAGAAAGGACUGUAUGCAAGCCCAGAGGACUGGGGAGCCCAGAACUUCAAGAUCUCAUCCAUACAGCCGGUCUUCCAAGACAUGCUGAUGGGAUCUAAAAAAUUCAAGGUUCAGCUGUACUCUGAGCCAGACUUCCAUGGAAGGCUGGUAGCUCUAGAGGACAGCACAGCAGCUCUGGAUGAGGAUUUCAUGCCCAGGUCCUGUAAGGUGCUGGCUGGCAGCUGGGUGGCGUAUGAAGGAGCCCAGUUCAGGGACAACAUGUAUGUGCUGGAGGAGGGAGAAUACCCCAACACAGUGGCCAUGGGCUUCCUGUCCUCAGACUCUAUCAUCCGCUCCAUACACACCACUGGACAUGAGUUCUCUCUGCCCUCCAUCAUCUUGUUCAGUAAGGUUGGCUGUAGAGGUCGCAGGGUGGUGUUGACCAGUGAAGCUGUGAACCUGCUGCAGGCAGGCCUGGAUAUGUGCAUACGCUCCCUGGUGGUGGAGGGAGGAAUGUGGGUGUUGUAUGAAGGCAGUAACUACCGUGGCCGACAGCUGUUUCUUCAGCCAAGUGAAGUGGGUGAUUUGUGCAAGUUAAGCAACUUGCAGCAAAUACGAUCCCUGCGGCCAUUACUCCAGAAACAGAUGUACUUCUGUCUGCGGAACAGGGAGACAGGAUGUAUGAUGUCCCUGACAGGAACUUUGGAUGACAUUAAGCUGAUGAGGGUUCAGGCUGUGGAGGAGACCGGAGAGGUAGAGCAGGUGUGGCUCUAUCGGGAUGGACAGCUUACCUGCAAGCUGGUGGAGGACUAUUGCUUGGAGACCUCAGGCAAUAUGGUGAUGGCAGGCAGUCGACUUUGUGUUUCCCCAGAGCGAGGCAAGGACAACCAGCUGUGGAACAUCACCCCAGAUGGCCUGGUGCGCUGCCACCUCAAACCUGAUCUGGUCCUGGAGGUCAAAGGUGGUCAACAGUAUGACAAAAACCAGGUGAUCCUCAACAUGUUCGAUGAGAGAAAACUGAACCAAAGGUGGACCUUGGAGAUCCUUUGACAAGAGAUGCUCUGCUGUGGCCCUCACAGCUCUCUACUGCAUCUCUGUCAAACUUUGAAAAACAGGUAGUUUCCUCUUUUUCAGAAAGAAAAAAAAUGAGUAAUGUAAACUGUUGCUAAUUAUUAGCCACAUGAUUUCAAACACUGUAUACCGAAGACUCCAUUCCCUCUCUCUGUUUUGACUGCAUGUAGUUAAAACUCUGCCCUGUUUCUAUGCUGCAUACCUCUUUACUCUAUGGUACUUUUUCUACUGCAUGCUUUCAGUGUCUGUUUUCUGAUCUUACUGUUAACAAAUAUGAAUGUAUACUUCACACUGGUGGCUGCAAUAUGUAGUCUGAUGUGCCUACACUUCAAAGAUGUAUUUAGAUUUUUUAUCUUUUUGUAAUUACCGUAGAUCAAAGAUGAUCUAUUGUAAAGUUUUGAUAUCUUUUUAGGACUUUAUAGGUUUUUACACUUUUACAAAUACUGUACUUUACUGCUUUAGGUUGUACAUAAGCAUCAACUGUAUAGAUUUGAAUUUAAAUUCCAAAGCAGAACUGCAAUAAGGCUGUUGCCCACUGUUGAUUGUAAAUAUCCAAAUGUUAAAGAGGAAACUGUCACACAUGAAAAUAAAAGUGUUUUUUCUUGUUUUGUCUUUUUUAGAAAAUGAAACUGUUUUUCUUUAGGUUUUCAAUACCUGUUGCUGUGAAACUCAGAGAUAGACUGUUAUAGUACCUGUAAUCACAGUCAAGUGACAUCUUCAGUGGAUCUGGGAUGGAAUUGCUGUCACUACAGUGAGCUACUUGUGGCACAAACCAUUCACUAUGAUCCCCGGUUUGCAGAUAUAGGCAAAUUUAUAUUUGGAUUAUUUGCACAAAAUAAGAUGAUUGCCCACCACAUUUUAAAAUUAAGGAAAACAUGUCUAAAAUCAAAAGCAGAAUAAAAAGACGAGCUUCCUCCCUUUGGCAGCAGCCACAUUCACUGAUGGUUAUCAUGUCCAUCUUUAACUGUACACACGUACCGUAUGAA